AUGAUGGUGGUGAUGAUGAUGAUGGAGAUGAUGAAGAUGAUGAUGAUGAAGAAGAAGAUGAGGAUGAUAAUGAUGAAGAUGAUGGUGAUGAUGGAGAUAAUGAAGGAGAUGAUGAUGAAGAUGAUGGAGAUAAUGAUGAUGAUGAAGAUGAUGGUGGUGAUGAUGAUGAUGGAGAUGAUGAUGAUGAUGAAGAUUAUGAUGAUGAUUAUGAAGAUGAUGAUGAUGGAGAUGAUGAUGAUGAAGAUGAUGGUGAUGAAGAUGAUGAGGGAUGAUGAAUAUUAG